GUCAUCGAUGAAGCCAGUCAGGUUAGCUUUAUUUUGGAAUCUCUGCUAGAGAGUUUCCUGCAAUUUAGGAGCAAUGCUGUUAUGAAUAAGAUUGCUUAUACCCUUACCAUCCUUCUCAACGAGCUACAGACUUUCGAGUCUCUGAUGAAAAUCAAGGGACAGAAGGGAGAGGCAAAUGUUGCUACUUUCACAAGAAAGUUCCAUAGGGGUUCGACCUCUGGAACUAAGUCUAUGCCUUCUUCAUCUGGCAAUAAGAAGUGGAAGAAGAAGAAGGGUGGCCAAGGAAAUAAAGCUAACCUCGCUGCUGUUAAAACGACCAAGAAAGCCAAGGCUGCAAAGGGAAUAUGUUUCCAUUGCAACCAAGAGGGACAUUGGAAGAGAAACUGUCCCAAGUACUUGGCAGAAAAGAAGAAGGCCAAACAAGGGAAUUAGUUCCUGACGGCAGUUGGAGACUGGAGAGAUGACGAUGCGAGUUGAACUGGGCAUGUCGUCUCAGCAAUUGCAGUGGGAGGGCUUCGACUUUGUUUACAGAAAUCUUUUCUUUUAUUAGAAAAUGUAUAUGUUGUUCCUGAUUUAAAAAGGAACUUGAUUUCUGUAAAGUGCUUACUAGAACAAUCUUACUCGUUAACUUUUAAUGUAA